AUGUUCGUCCCAUUUGAGAGCAACAACAGCGACGGCACUCCAUCUCCACCCGGCCGCAACGACAGCGAAGUUCCCGCCCCAGCUGAGGCACCGGUCCAGCUGCAAAUCACCUUCCGCCACAACCGCGGCUUCGAGCAGGCGUUCAAAUUGAAGAAGACCACCAGCAUCGUCAAGGCCAUGGAUGCCUUCAGCGCCAAGAUGGAGCGUCCUCGCAACCAACUGCGCUUCCUCAUUGAUGGUCAUCGCAUUACCGAUGGCACUGUGGAAGAUAACGAGCUGGAGGACGGAGAUCAGGUGGAUGUUCACGAGGAGCAGUUUGGAGGCGGCGAUGGCUGUUGUGGUGGCAAAUGUCACUGCGGUGACAAGAACUGCGACGGAAAGUGCUGCAGUGGCAAGGGAGGUUGUGGUGGAGGAAAGGGCAAGUGA